UCAUGCCUCUGGAAUACGACCGAUUUAGCACCAGGGUCGGUACUUGGACGUGAUCAGAGUCCACGAGCUGUUUGCUUGACAUGGAGAGUCGGUACAGAAACCCUGAUAGAGAACGGCCACGAUGCUCGGUUGUUUGUCUGAUAGAGAAAGGCCACGAAGCUCGAUUGUUUGCAGCUUUGUCGUGGUUUCAGAUGAAACUCUAUGGGCAUAUCGACAUAUUUGGCGCAAGCAAGGCAGAUCCCGCGGCGUCCCGGUUGAUCAACAGCACGGCUGAGAGGGGGCCAGCCCAUCACCACACCCGCCAAUGAGAUUGACGCAAACAUGAGCCAACACUCUCCCAAGACUUCUCUAUACUUAUGGCUCAUGCCCUGGAAAUACCCCCUGUGCGUUUCAGUUUUUCUUCAGUUCCUCAGUCACGUCGACUGACACCUACCCCCAGUUCUAAUGCUUCAAAUCACUCUUUCCGUACCCAGGUUGCCCGAUUAUCUCGAUUGAAUGCGAACACGAAAUGUCCACUGUCACUCGGUCAUGGCAGGAGCAAGAACGACUGCGUGUCGAGAAGGAGAAGGAGAAUGAACGAAAACGGCUCGAGCAAGAACGAGAAAGAUUGAGAAUAGAGCAGGAGAAAGAGGCUGAAAGAAAGCUGGUCGAAAGCGAACGGGCACUAAAGGAGAGUAUCAGGUUGGCGUCAGUGCGAGCAGACGCAUCAAGAACAAGGACGAUACCUACUUCAGCGAAGACAACCCAGACCACAUCAUCAACAUCUUUGCAACAGCCACCAUCGAGCACUACAUACUCCCUCACUCCACGGCCGACUGUUGAUGCGCCACAAGUCGCCACCAGCAUACGACUGUCGGUAAUACCUAUCGAUUCGAAUGGCCCCGUCUCAUCUACACCAGGCAGUAUAGCCUGUGGGCAGACUGGCUACUUUGACUGCGCAUCUGAAUAUGGUGGCGGUUGCUGCCCGGUAGGCUUCGCCUGCAGCAAGGGUGAUCUUUGCGUGUCGCCCCAGUUGGAAAAGGAAAAGCCCAUGGCACCUUUGCCAUGCCCGGGGCACAAGGGAUAUUUCGCUUGCGAAGAGAAGAUUGGCGGGGGAUGUUGUCCAGCAAACUACGCCUGCAUCAAGGAUAGUCGAGCCCAGUGUCGCCUAUCGCAGUCGAAUCUGAUACUUACCAACGUCGAUCGCCUUGCAACACGAAUUCCGAUACCAACGUCGUCUCCGAGAAGCGAAAGCACGAGCAUUACUGGUACUCUAGCACCAGCCCCUCACUCAGAGCAACAAUCCCGCGUUGGAACUCUCGGGGACGCGGCCGGCAUUAUCGUAGGGGGCAUCAUGGCUAUAGUUGCCUACUUCCUCGGUAGCUAUCUUUUAUUCAUCUACAGACAGCGUCUUCACGGUUCGCCUCUCAACAAAAGCUUUCGCGUCUUGGAGGUUCGAUCUCAAUGGAGAGAUGCAAGAGCAAAGGCCAGAAGCGAGCUCCCUUCCCAUCAUGGAAUGUCCGAGUUGGCCGCUUCCAGACCAACAUCUUCUUUGCCGCCUCUUCCUUCGCUGCCAGCGGCGGGACCACCUCUGUCUGUUGCGGUGGAGGUGACGAGGGAGAGGCAGGUGGAUAUCACACAUCCCCUCCCACCACCACCACCCCUGAAACUGAGGCCACCACUCUCAACAUCGCCGGACACUCUGAUGGUCACACUGCCGGUGUCCCCUCCAUCGGCCACUGUUCCAACCCUGACGCCGACCGGCAUCUCUCCUGUGUCAACAAAGACGACGAACAUUGUGACACAGCAUGCUCCACUAUCACCGCCGCCGAGGAUCCCACUUCCCCCUACACCUAUGCAGAGAAAUAUGCAUAGAUUGAGCGUGCUGGAACACACCAAGAUGUCAGGAGCCCUUGGGACAACGGAGGAUGGUAAGAAACAAGGGAUGGAAGGCACUGAUGCCGGAGGAGUGGUGUUGGAGAUAUGUGCAGACGAACAAGAAAAGCAAGAGGAUAGCAGCUCCGCAAGGGCAGACAGCAGCACGAUUGUCUAGAUGUAGCUCGAUUGACCAAAUUUGAACAUGGCCAUGACUGAAUGUGGCGGCAAAAUGGGGGACCCUCUUGAGGUAUUGGAGAAGUGAGGUUAUGCAGGUUAUGCAGGUUAUGCAUUGGGUUAUGCACUCCUUUCAAAACUCACCCUUGAAGACGUGAUUAUGCAUGCACAACAUUAUGCCAUUAGGGUGGGCUUCCUAUCGGCAGGACAAGGCUCAAGGUUUAGCCGCAGGGAAACAACAUGCUUUCAAC